UCACGAGAUAUUUGAAAGGCACGGGAGUUAGGGAAAUCAUAAUGCGUCAAUCACGCUUCGCGGAAUACAUUUCGUUACUAGUAACUAAACGAACUCCAUUUUGCGAUGCAGAUAUAUUUUGGGCUAGG